UUUUUUUUUUUGUCGACAAUCUUUCGUUAAAACCCGAAUUGGGCAAAGAUACAGUGGUGGAACAAAUAUCCAACAACAUAAAAGCCCACCAAAAGUCCAAUAGCAUAAGAUUACAAAGAAAACCGCUUGGCCUAAAAUGGGCACGUGUAAUACCACGUGUUUCGCGCAAGUUGGGAGGUGGAAGAUGCAAUCAACUCGUCACCGACUCAUCCUCGACUCGUCGCCGACUCGUCUUGGACUCGCCACCGCCAUCACCACCAUGGCUGACCAUCGAUCAAUCUAGAUUGGAUUCUCAGAAAUCAGCUACUUCAUUGGAAUCACCACCCUAACUCCUUUUGCAGAAUUCUUCGGAUGUGUUUAAAUAGAGAUCUAAAAACCAACAAGGUUGAAGAGCCAGAAAAGAUGACAAGGCAAGAGGUUUUAGACCCAGUAACACGCUUUCCUGAAUCUGUCUUCACCAGCCAUCAAGUUUCCAAACAUCACGAUCCACAAACAAAUAAAAGGAACCUUCAUCCUAAGCCGAUUACGGCACCAAUAGGGUAUGAAGGAUUUAUCCUUUCUUGCAAGGAAAUCGAGCAGUUGAUGGUUUUUUUAACCUCUAAUUUCACAUUCAGCGUUUGUCUCCUUCACCUGAAGAGAUUUAGUUACUGCAAAAGGGAAAAAACCAAACAAAAUAAAAGAACAUAGCCAAAACGGCUAAAAAGAAACGAUCCAGACUAGGCUGGAUAAUUUAUUACAACAAAAAAUCAGAAUAAAAUCGAAGAGAAUCCGAUUUUAAUCUGAAGAAAAACUUUCUCUCUCUCAAAAAUAUGGGAGAGAGAUAAGAGAGAGAAAGUCAAACAAUUUUAUUUCCUGAUUUCUCUCAUUCCUUUUCUUUUUGUUUUGUUUUAGCUUUGCUUGAAUUAUGGCUCCAGAAAUGUCAAGGCAAGGAGAAGCCAAAGGAACCUUCCCAAAACACUUCCAUGACCAAUAUGAAAAAUGGCUCAAUCCUCGAACCGAAGACAACAACAAGAGUACCAAAACCAAUCAUCUUUGUGCAGGAACUUUGGAGAAGAGGUUCAAGGAUGACGAAGAGGAUCGUGUGGUAACCGACUCUUCACCUCCGGGCCAUUAUAUCCAUGGUUUCGAGAACGAGAUAAAGUCAUUGAAGACCUUCUUGUUGGAUCAAAAGGUUUACAAGGAGUUCAAGAGUCUUGUGAUUGUCGGAGAAUACGGUGUUGGGAAGCAAACAACAUUAUGCAAGAUGAUCUUUAAUGAUUAUCAUGUGAAGAGUGUUUAUGCCCCGAGGAUUUGGGUUUCUAUGCAUAGCAAUGAAUCUAAGGAAGGACUUAAUGGGGAGAUAUGUGUGUUGAAGAAGAUCUUGAAGGGUCUUGGAGUUGAAGAUUCGAUCUUCGAAUCCAUCCGUAGAGAAGUAGUAGAAGAAGUUGCAAACAUGAUGGAAGCUGGAGAAAUUGAUGGAGAGACGGCGGAAGAGAAGGAGGUCGCUGCUCUUCUCUAUGCACUUCACUUGAAUCUGAGGUGGAAAAAGUAUCUGAUCGUCUUCGAUGAUGUGCGAGAUGAGGACAACUGGGACGAGAGUCUUCAGGACGAUGAGGAGAAACUGAAGAAGGAGAAGAAAUGGGGAAAGUAUCUGUCAGAUGGAUUCCCUGAAGGAUCUGGUGGAAGAGUCAUAUACACGACAAGGGAUGAGAAAGAGACACUAGCAAAGAAGCUAGUUGCAGAGGAACAUGAGAUACAUCGUCUUUGGCCUCUGAAUGAUACUGGGAGUGUCUGGAACAUAUAUAAAGAAGCACUCGAAGAUAAUGAGGAAACGCUUCCAAGGAACGACAAGAAAUGCAUAGAUGAGCUAAUGAACAAGUCUCGUGGUCUUCCUUUAGCUGCUAGGCUGUUGGCCACGCUUGUUCCCGUGUUUCUUGAUGAUGAAAAAGCUGACCAGAACGGUUCCAUCAGUGGAACUACCGAACCAGCCAACAACACAAUACCAGAAGAGAUGGGAACUAUUCCACCUCAGAAGGCUUGAGAUAUUUAAGAACACCCUUUUCCAUUGUGUGUGUGUGUGUUUUUUGGUUUGUUGUUCUUUUUGUUGUAUCAGUAAUCCGUAAUCAUACAUUCAUAAAACAUUUCUUCUUUUAACUCAUUAAUUCAAAUUCUUACAAAAAAACAACACUCUUGAAACAUAAGCAGCAAUACAUCAAAUGGGAAACGAUGAAGCAAAACACACACAACAAGAACAAGAACAAGAACAAGAACAAGAACAAAAAAGGAUAGACAAUUUGGAAAAACUGAGACACUCUUAAGUUCAAAUAGUUUAUUUCCACAAAUUUAGUCAAUUAAUAGUAUAUGAACAAAAAAAUUAUGAAUCCAAACAAGGUAUAGCAACCUCCUCCUCUCCGGUGAAUGAGAAUAAUUGGAGAUCGUGUGUAAGUUGAAGAACCCUAAUUAAUCUUGUUGGCUUUGAAACGAAAGGUACUCUUCCCCAAUCCUCUGUUUUUUCGCUAUGCUAUUAAACGAAACGCUGCGUUUUAGUUAGUACACGGCUCCGUUAUAACAGAAGUUUUUUUUUUUCCCGGCUAUCUCCGUCCCUUGGCCAGUCGGAAGACGAGAAAAAAAAGAAUUGGGGAGAGGUGAAAGAUUUGGGACAAUCGAGAGUGGCGAGACAACGGGUAAAUUGGAUUCGAAUUCGAUUAUUAUAUGUGUGGUUUUGUUUUUUUUUUAGGUUUGCUUGAAGUUUGAAUCAGUCCUCUGGUUCACAACAAUUUCGUUUUCUGGAAUUGGCUCAAUAAAUCUGGUUGCUUUGAUAUCCUUUGUUUUGAAGCUCUAGUGAGUGUUUGGCUAAUGAUAAAAUGAGCUAAAGAUGUUGAAUUUGCAGCUCUUUUGAUAAAAUGAGUCGAAGAUUUUGAAUUUGCAGCCCUUUGAUGGUCAUACACUCAUACUGCUCAUUCUAAAUCUAUGACAUUUUCUUGUGUUCCAUAUUUGCUUGCAUGCACAAUGUGUAAUCAAAACAACAGAAGGAACGAUGGAUACGUUUCAACUCAAAUCAAUUUUCCUCGUUUGC